UUUAGCGACGGAUGGCAAAUCCGGUCGGCGGCAGGUGACCGAGGCAGAAGCGUUGCGCGCGAUGCAGAGACUGUGUUCUCGUAUAGCGUCCCAGAAGAUGCUCGUCAUCUCCUCCCUCGAGAACGACUGCUCCAAGGAGGAGCUCAACCGGCAGAUAGCGGUGCUCCAAGACCUGCAAAAGAAGUACGUCCGUCUAGAGAUGGCUUUACAAUACUCGUUCUUCGACAACGGCAAGAGCAACGGACGGUCCACCGUCACUCCCAUACAAGAGAUGCCUUCACUCACGCUCAGCGAGAGCGAUGUGCUCGCCGACCCGCCCAACGACAGGUAA